GUUGUCAGGCUUCAGUUAAAGUUGAACAUUGUGAACAACAGCUUUGGCUAAAAGUUUACUUGAACAGUUUUUUUGUUGAUUGUUGGACUCUUUUUUGACAAUUUUUGUUUUCUUCUUCUUCUUUGUUUUCUAAUUUACUUUUAGUAAAUCUGUUUCUUCCAAUACAUGUACACAGAUAUUUAUAUAAAUAUAUUUAUAUUUUUUAGGAAUACAUCAACUGUUGUUUAGAAUAUUUUUCUUAACAAUAAUCAACCUUCUUUUUCUUGUGCUGGUUACAUGUUUCUUACCAACAUCAAAAUCAACAACAGCUUCUAAACUACUUGCUACAAUGUUUAACCAUUGCUUUUCUGGUCAAUCACAUCAACUCAUAACCUUGUACAGCAGAUAGUUAAAGGAGAAAAUUAGUGUUUCAAAUUUAAAUCGCCAUUAACUCAACUAACAACUCUUUAUUGGAUUUUUUUAUGUGCUUACGUUCAUACUAGCAUCACUUUUGUACCCAUCGCUGUUUUUUAAUAUCUCAGUUUUCACAUCUUUUUUUGGGUCUCUUUGGAUUAUACCAAUAAUUUUUUGCUCUUUUUUUAAGUGAAGUGAAUUUAUCUAUCUUCUGUUUGGCUUCUGAUUAUCGGCAGUUUUCGAUACAAAGGAUAUUUUCAUUUGCUUCGACUAUUUUAUCUUUUGUGAUGACAAUUGUGUGUAAAUGUUUACCAAGGAUUAUCCAGAUAUAAUCAUUCUUUCAGUAAUGGAUAAAUUUGGAUAAAAAUUGAUCUUAUUGAUUUUACACAUAUACUUGAACUUCAAAUUUGUAUCUUCCAUUUCACCCUUUUCUACAACCUCUCAUCUUGAAGGAUUUUUGCCCCUUCUUUUUGAUUUCACACCAAAUUCCUUUUAUUUGGUGAGGGGGACUAUUUUCACAGGGGUAUGUCCUGUUCAUCAUCAACAAUUUACUCCCAUUUAUCGUUGCCAUCCUGUUCUUCUUCCUCCUCUCGUUCAUCUGACUCUUACAAAGAUGUUAAGACCAUGUUUAUAGCAAGAGACAUUCACAGUGGUACUCUUCAACACGAUCAUAAUCAUCAUCAUCAACAGCAGCGAACCUGUAAACCACCAAUUUGGACAGUGGCUUAUUCAUCGGCACCUUUAGAUCAUCACAGUGGGUCACUUUAUUAUGACCAUGCAACUUUAAAUAGACAACGAAAUCACAACAAUGUUAACUUGAUGAUGUUUAACCCUGGAGAUAUUAAAAGUGAUCAAAUUCAUCAUGUUGAUGUCGAAUCUAGUGGUUUCAAUGCUAAAAGAAGAUUAAUAUUUUUAUGUCUAUUCCCUGUUUUAUUUAUUGCCGUCUUUCUGGCUGUUUAUCAUGUAAUUCAUUUACAAAAAGAUGUGUUCCUUGUCAAUUCUAAUGCAGUCAAACUUGGUCCAAUGGAUUUAAGCAAUAACAAUAUGCUGAACUCUCAAGAAAAUUCCAAUAUUGUUAACACCAAUAAUAGGAAUAACAGAGAUUCUGCAAAACACUUUCCUUUACACAAUUCAACCAGAAUAAGUGAUUUACCAAAUACCAGUGAAUACGUUAUUGAUGGUUUCAAAAGUCAACUUGCUUCAAAUGGAAACCAUCAUAACCGUCUUAAAGAGAGAAAAAUUAUCGAAGCUCAAUUCAGAGUCAGCAAUAAAAUGUACAGUCGUCAAUUAAAAAAUAGAACUAGUGAUGCCUUUCAAAAGCUGUCUUGGCUUAUUAGUGAAAAGAUUAAAUUAGCGAUCAACUUAUCUCGCUCACUUGUACCUCUUCAAUUGGAUAAAGUGGAACUCAUCUCAGUGAGAAAAGGAGACAAUCUGCUGUACAAUUUAAAUGGAAUCAUUGUUGAUUUAAUUUUACAUUUUAAUAGAGAUGUUAAUUGUUCUUUAAAUGAGAUAGUCCUUAACCUAAUGAGUGCCAAAAAGAAUGGAGUAUUCACCGGUUUAGAUAUUGAUGAAAGGACAAUACUUUUUAAAUUUAAAAGUUCAACUAGAACUGAGAGUACCAAAAUUAGUAAAACUGGUUCAACCACAUCAAGUGAUAAUAGUGAUGGAUCUGAAGUGGAUGGUGAUCAAAGUGCAGAUGAAAGUGAUCCAGAGGAGCCUGAACAUUAUCAAUAUAAGUGGGAUAAAUGGUCCGAUUGGGGGCCAACGUGUAAAGGUGAAUCUGUAUCCUGUGAUGAAGAAAGAGUUCACUCAAGGACUCGUUAUUGUUAUGAUAAGUUAAACCAAUGGAGAGUUGAUGAUAUUAAUUGCAUCAAAGUAACCCGAUCUCAACAUCAAUCUCUCCAAAUUGAAGAUUGUGUCUGUGAAAAGACUUAUAAAUGUUUAGAAAGUGAAUGGCAGUGUUUAAAUACUCAAUGUAUACCUUUAUCAAAAAGAUGUGAUGGCCAUAUGAAUUGUUUCGAUUCAUCGGACGAGAAAAACUGUGAUUGUGGUGAAAACGAAAUUCACUGUGGACAAAAUACUUCAUGUAUUGCAAUAGAGAAGAAGUGUAACAAUAUUACCGAUUGUUGGGACAACAGCGACGAAAUUGAUUGUCCAGGAUAUACUGAUUACGAUUAAAGAAGAAAAUUGGAUAAUUCAUGUGAAAACAUUAAACUUUUUGCCUAAAGCACUGAAUCGAUGUUGAUUGUGCUUAAUUUAUCUCAAAAAAUGACCGUCGAUAUACUUGGAUACCAAACAAUGCGCCAAAGAUAUGGUAUCGAGGUCUAACUCCAUUUUCGCAGCUGUAUAACGAGAAACCCAAUUUGAAAUAUUCUGGUUUUCUUUAUGCCAUUUCCAGUGUAUGAUAAAGGACAAAUAGUCUCAAAGUUGUUGCAUAAACAGAUUUCCUGAAUAAUUUCAAGCCUUUCGUUUUUUAUAAUUGCGAAUAAACGGCAAAAUGGAGAAAUAUUAACUAGUGGAAUUAAAUAAAUAAAUCAAUAUUUUACACUACUACA